UAGCCGGUCCCGGGAGCUUGUUGGCGCUUGGCGGUGGCGGGAUGGAGGCGGGCGACGUGGCCGACUCGCUCCUCUCCGGAGCUUGCGUGCUCUUCACCCUCGCCAUGUUCUCCACCGGCCUCUCGGACCUCAGGCACAUGCAGAUGACCCGCAGUGUGGACAGCGUCCAGUUCCUGCCCUUUCUCACCACGGAUGUCAAUAACCUGAGCUGGCUGAGUUAUGGGGUCCUGAAGGGAGAUGGGACCCUCGUCGUCGUCAACACCGUGGGUGCUGUGCUUCAGACCUUGUACAUUUUGGUGUAUCUGCACUACUGCCCUCAGAAGCAUACUGUGCUCCUACAGACUGCAGCCCUGCUGGGGGUCCUUCUCCUGGGUUAUGGCUACUUUUGGCUCCUGGUGCCAGACCCUGCGGCCCAGCUUCAGCAACUGGGCCUCUUCUGCAGUGUCUUUACUAUCAGCAUGUACCUCUCACCACUGGCUGACUUGGCCAAGGUAAUUCAGACAAAGUCAACCAAGCGCCUCUCCUUCUCCCUCACCAUUGCCACCCUCCUUACCUCUGCCUCCUGGUCCCUCUAUGGGUUUCGACUUAAAGAUCCUUAUAUUAUGGUGCCCAACCUUCCAGGAAUCAUCACCAGCUUUAUUCGACUAUGGCUUUUCUGGAAGUACCGUCCAGAGCAAGACAGGAACUAUCGGCUCCUGCAAACCUGACCACAGGCACCUAAUGCCAACUUGGUACCAAAGAGAACUCCUUUUUUUUCAGCUCAUCCUGAUGACCAGUUUCAUGGGUGCAAGUGGGAAAAAGAAAUGACUUAAAGAUCAAAGGGAUCAAAGAAAAGAGCUUUACUUAGAAGAACAGGUAGAACCUAAGAGAUGAAAUCACAUAUUUUUUUAAGAUUUUUUUUUAAUUUUGGAGAUCAGGCUAUCUUUAGAAUGUGCCUUAAAAUAAACUCUUCCUCAGCCCUUGUCCAU